AACUCUUGUUCGGGUUGGUUUCGGAUCAAAAGGAAUUGACACGGGUGGGAACAAGAGGCUGGACUUGUCAUCACUGUUCAUCAUCAACAAAACUAGUGUAGCGCACCAUAACUAGACACGCAUGCAUUCAGUUUGUGAUGAAGACUGAAUAAAAGAUUCAAUUUUCUAUGACGUCAAUCAAAUCAUGGAGAUGGCUGAUGAGAAAAAAGAGUGGCUUGUCUGAUGGGGGGAAGUCAAGUUUCAAGAUGAAACAGCUGCCUUUUAUGGCAGUUUUGUGUAUAGUAAUGUUGUUCAUUGUGUAUAGAACUACAAAGUAUCAAUAUCACGAAGAAGAGAUUGACAAAAAAUGGAGUUUCUGGAGAGAAGAAAAGGCAUAUCCAGUAACUUCUGGGAAGUUGAAAGGCUUGCCACGAGGUAUAAUCCAUGAUAAUUCAGAUUUGGAAUUGAGGCCAUUAUGGUCGAGAAGUAAUUCAAGGUCAAAGGGUAGUGUUUACACUAACCGUAACUUGCUGGCAGUUCCAGUUGGUAUUAAACAAAAGCAUAAUGUUGAUGCUAUGGUGCAAAAGUUUCUUCCAGAAAACUUUACAAUUAUUUUAUUCCAUUACGAUGGCAAUGUGGAUGGCUGGUGGAAUUUUGAUUGGAGUAGCAAGGCCAUACACAUUGUUGCUCGGAACCAAACAAAGUGGUGGUUUGCAAAAAGAUUUCUCCAUCCAGAUAUAGUGUCUAUUUAUGAUUAUAUCUUUCUCUGGGAUGAGGAUUUAGGGGUGGAGCAUUUUUCACCGUCAAGGUAUGUUAAAAUUAUAAAGGAAGAAGGUCUGGAGAUAUCUCAACCAGCCCUCGACCCAAAUUCAACAGAGAUACAUCAUAGAAUUACAAUUAGAGCUAGAACCAAGAAAGUUCAUAGAAGAGUCUAUGAACGCAGAGGUAGUACAAGGUGUUCAGAUUCAAGCGAGGGACCGCCAUGCACUGGGUUUGUGGAAGGUAUGGCUCCAGUUUUCUCUCGAUCUGCUUGGUAUUGUACUUGGCAUCUUAUACAGAAUGACCUUGUACAUGGAUGGGGAAUGGAUAUGAAGCUAGGAUAUUGUGCACAGGGAGAUCGAACUAAAAAAGUGGGAGUUGUAGAUAGUGAAUAUGUUUUUCACAAAGGAAUACAAACUCUGGGUGGGAGUGGCCAUGGAAUAACAAAGGUUUCAAAACUAAAAAAGACAACUACGCAGAGACAAAGUGGAAGUGGAAUUGAUGUGCGAACUGAGAUUCGGAGGCAAUCAACGUGGGAAUUUGAAAUCUUCAAAGAGCGUUGGAAUGAGGCCAUUGCUAAGGACAAAAACUGGGUUGAUCCGUUUAAGAGUGACCAAAGACGCAUAAGAAGACGGCGUGAUACCCAACAACGGCUUUCUAUUUCUAAGCACUUUUAAUGACUCGCUUCAAUGUGUUACUGCGGCAUUCACAUCCAUCAUUACCUUUAUGUAGCUUAGUGAAUUAUAAAUUCAUUCAAUUUUGAUAAACCACAUUUUUCUU